CGGGCGCGCGGCACGGGCUGCGGCUGCUUCUGCUCGCGCCAAGGCUCCACAAGGCGCCGGAGAAGUUUUGGUGCGUCCCGUGGAGCGCGCCGCUCUCCUCAGCGAGCGGGCGUCUGCUGGCAGGGAAGAACCAUAAAGACGCUUGUGAACGGUUGUCCCUAACGAAGGUGCUCUUUCAGAACACGCUUUAAGAUGGCUGUGAAGUCCCUUCUCUCCUCAGUGUCUCUGGUAGAUGGAUGCUGACAUGGACUACGAAAGACCUAACGUCGAAACCAUCAAAUGUGUGGUUGUCGGGGAUAAUGCGGUGGGCAAGACGCGCUUGAUCUGUGCAAGAGCAUGCAACACCACCCUGACCCAGUACCAGCUGCUAGCAACUCAUGUACCUACUGUCUGGGCAAUUGAUCAAUACCGGGUUUGCCAAGAGGUCCUUGAACGUUCUCGUGAUGUUGUUGAUGAAGUGAGUGUUUCUCUCAGGCUGUGGGACACAUUUGGCGAUCACCACAAAGACAGACGUUUUGCUUAUGGGAGGUCUGAUGUCGUCGUCCUGUGUUUUUCAAUCGCUAACCCUAACUCCCUGAAUCAUGUGAAGACCAUGUGGUGUCAAGAAAUCAAGCACUUUUGUCCUCGCACACCUGUUAUUCUGGUUGGCUGCCAACUGGAUCUCCGAUACGCUGAUCUGGAAGCUGUAAACCGAGCCAGAAGGCCACUGGCAAGGCCUAUCAAAAGGGGUGAUAUCUUGCCACCUGAAAGAGGCAGAGAGGUUGCCAAGGAGCUUGGGAUACCGUACUAUGAAACCAGUGUAUUCGACCAGUUUGGCAUCAAGGAUGUGUUUGAUAAUGCUAUUAGAGCUGCGCUGAUCUCCAGGAGACACCUGCAGUUUUGGAAAUCACAUCUGAAGAAAGUCCAGAAACCUUUACUUCAGGCUCCAUUUCUACCUCCGAAGGCACCACCUCCAGUUAUCAAAAUCCCAGAGUGCCCCACCACCAGUAUCAAUGAAGCUGGAUACCUAUUGGACAAUCCUUUGUGUGCAGAUGUCAUGUUUAUCCUUCAGGAAAACACUCAGAUUUUUGCUCAUAAGAUCUACCUAGCUACCUCCUCUUCCAAGUUUUAUGAUCUCUUUUUAAUGGAAUGUGAAGAAACCCCAGACUUACCUGAGCCACACUGUAAUAAAGAAAAGAUCAAUAGAAACCUUUUGACCAGGGCGUGUAGUCUCGAAACAAACAGUGAGGGUGAAGUGGCAACUUUAAAAACUUUGCAUGCCAAGCUGGUGUCUUCAGCAGAAGGUUACGACCCUUCAACAAGGUUAGAGCUGGAAGAGGGGGAAGCUGGUUGCAUAAAACGAGCGCUGGCAUCUUGGGGCAAAGGCUUUGUUAGCAUGCAUAAGGAAGUGCGAGUCAACCCUGUUUCAAAGAGGCUGGGCUCUAUGACCAUUGUCAAGAUGGAUGUUUCUGUUCAGCCUGGACCUUUUAAAACUGUCUUGCAGUUUUUGUAUACAGGACAGCUGGAUGAAAAUGAAAAAGAUCUGACCAGGGUAGCUCAAAUUGCUGAGAUACUGGAAGUAUUUGACUUGCGAAUGAUGGUAGAAAACAUCACCAAUAAAGAAGCCUUCAUGAAUCAGGAAAUUACAAAGGCGUUUCAUGUCAGGAAAGCUAACAGGAUAAAGGAAUGCCUCUCUAAAGGGACAUUUUCUGAUGUGACAUUUAAAUUAGAAGAUGGAAACAUAAAUGCCCAUAAGCCACUACUGAUUUGCAGCUGUGAAUGGAUGUCUGCGAUGUUUGGAGGAUCAUUUGUUGAAAGCUCAAACAGUGAGGUUCUUCUUCCAAACAUCAACAAGACUUCCAUGCAAACCAUUCUGGAUUAUCUGUACACCAAGCAGCUGUCGUCCAGUCAGGAGUUGGACACUCUUGAAUUAAUUGCACUGGCAAACAGAUUUUGCCUCCCACAUUUGGUUGCACUUGCAGAGCAACACGCAGUACAGGAGCUUACCAAAACUGCAGUGAGUGGUGUUAGUAUAGAUGGAGAAGUACUGAACUAUUUGGAGAUAGCCCAGUUCCACAACGCUAACCAGCUAGCAGCUUGGUGCUUGCACUAUAUCUGCACCAACUACAACAGUGUUUGUUCCAAAUUCCGCAAGGAAAUCAAAACGAAAUCUCCUGACAAUCAGGAAUAUUUUGAGAGACAUCGCUGGCCUCCUGUAUGGUAUCUUAAGGAAGAAGAUCAUUACCAGCGGGUCAGAAGGGAAAGAGAAAAGGAAGACAUUGCACUGAACAAGCAUCAUUCAAAACGCAAGUGGUGCUUCUGGAAUUCCUCCACAGCUGUUGCCUGAAAGGAAAGGAAGCUAUCAAGAGCGUGACUCAAAGGAAACCCACUGCUUUAACAGAAGUCUUAUUAGAAAAGAGGCCAGUGCGAACCAUUCUUGUGCCAAGUGCCAUUGAAAUAAAUGGGAGUUGCCCAGUGUAUCUUCCACUCAUAUCAGUGGACCUUCCACAGGGGAAGUUCCUGGCUGAUGGUUGGUCGAGGCGCUGGUUCUUAUUCCACCUGUGUGCAUUUAUCAUCCAUAAGGUCAGAAAGCACAAGCUCACCAGAAGCGAGUGAGAAACAGCUCCUUAAAAUUUCAACUUUUACGAUAUUUUUAGUUAAUAAGCUAAAAUAACUUGUAAACAAGUACCACAUUUCUUUUUUUUAAAAAAAAAAAUGCAAAAACAACCAAUCCAGCAUUGUUCCAAUCUCCCGAGUGGGAAAGUAUUUUUAUACAGUUUUUUUGUGUGUGCGUGUGUGUGUGAGUGUAAAGGUCUUUAACCAAAAUUUCUGAGUCCUUUUCUUUCACAGACCACAAAGUAACAAAGUAAGUCUUUAAUUUAGAUUGUUUCGGUUGUGUGUUCUUCUCCCCGCCCCCUCUGCAAGCACAGUGAAAUAUGAAUAAUAUCUUGAAGGAGCUUCUCUGGUAGAAAUUGCCAACCGAGCAACAAACUGACUUUGCUAGGCAACUAUUUCUUUUUCUCUUCAAAAGCUGUGUAUUCAUAACAAUUAGAGCCUUCUUUUUUUCCAACUGAAGUAAGGGGAUACCACAAGAUCCAAUAACAAAGAUGUUAUCCAGUCAAAAAUCUUCAUUUAGGUGAAGAAUAUGAAGUAUAAUUUAUCUCUGCCACAGCAUUGUUGGAAUGUGCAUUUCCAGGGUUCGCCAUGUAAGGGUAGAAAUUGCAACAGCCAUGUGAAAUUUUAUAACUCCUUUUUAUGUAUUCCUGGGCUUUAAAAUGUCUAUUUUCAAGAGGAUCAUUUUCUGGAAAAAAUCAGAAGAGCUUAUUAAAUGAAUGUCUCUAA